AUGACCUCAAGCUUCAAAGUCUCACCGGAAUCUCGCCUGCGACAAGCAACGAAAGACGCUGGUGGAAUCGCCGGCCUCAACGUCCUCCGUAUCAUCAACGAACCCACCGCCGCCGCCAUUGCCUACGGCCUGGACAAGAAAAGCUCCGGAUCCGGCGAGCAGAACAUCCUCGUCUUCGAUUUAGGCGGCGGCACUUUCGACUUCGAAGUGAAAGCCACCGCCGGCGACACUCACCUCGGCGGCGAAGACUUUGACAACCGCCUGGUCAACCACUUCGUCUCCGAAUUCCAGCGAAAGAACAAAAGGGACAUAAGCGGGAACGCCAGAGCUCUAAGGAGACUCAGAACCGCCUGCGAAAGAGAGAAAAGAACCCUCUCCUCCACCACGCAAACGACAGUCGAAGUCGAUUCGUUAUUCGAAGGGAUCGAUUUCUACGCCACCAUUACUAAAGCGAGAUUCGAAGAACUAUGUAUGGACAUGUUCGUGAGGUGUAUGGAGCCCGUCGAAAAGUGCUUACGGGAUAAGAAAAUCCAUAAAUCUACGGUGCACGAGGUGGUUCUCGUCGGCGGCUCCACCCGAAUCCCGAAAGUCCAGCAGCUGCUGCAAGACUGCUUCAAUGGUGGUGCCAUGGUGGUCUACGGGAUGAGUGGAUGA